AUGACAUUUUUUUCACGUAAUCCUUUAUCUACAACUACCAAGGAUAAUGAAGAUCCAAAACCACCAAAAAAAGUCCAAGAACUUCAAACUGAAAUUAGUCAGUUGAACAUCGAGUGGGGACAGGCAUUUAAAGAUCAAUUGGAGGAAAAUCAAAAACUUAAAGAAAAACAUCUUCAAGAUAUUAAAGAUAUCGUUGAAUUAUUAAUUUUUCGAAUGAUAACAAGAAUUGAAAGUGAUGUAGGUGGUGAAAAACGUGAAUUAUUACCUGAUAUAAUAUAUUGUGAAAAAGUUUCUGAUUUACUUAAUAAUAAAAAACGUUUACGGGUAUUAGAAGAUCAAAAAAAUCUUGUUCAAGUUUGUGAUCGAAAAGAACAACAAGUUAAAUCUGUUCAAGAUGUAUUAAAUAUCAUCCAACAUGGUAUGAGUAUUCGAACAUCUGGUACAACAGCAGCUAAUUCAAAUUCUUCUUGA